GCCAGGAAAUACACCGUCCUGGAGGGAAAUUCAAUUCGCAGAAAGGGAAAAAUGAAGAUAGUUCAGCCCACGUGGAGGAGGACGUAGAUUGUUGCCCUGCGCCGCUGCUGAUCGACUUGUCCUCGUCAACUUUGAAAAACUGGGAGAGCUAUGGAGGCGGCGACGGCAGGGGCCGAGAGCAGUCCCGCUCUCGGACUGCUCGAGCCUCGUCAUUUUCAAAGACAAAGGUCCAUCAAGUUGAACCAAGCACAAGUGGAUGCAAUUACCGCACCUGCUGAUCGUCCUCUCAUGAUUCUCGCUGCUGCGGGCUCUGGGAAGACCUUAGUGCUUUGUCAGCGCAUUCUUUACCUCAUGUCUCAGGCCUUGGAAGAUCAUCUUGAGCACCUUCGGUGCGUGUUGGAGACGCUCCGCCACGCCAAGUACAAAGCCAACCGUGACAAGUGCGAAUUUGUCCGUGAAGAGCUGGAAUACUUGGGCCAUUUUGUCACACUGGAGGGCAUCAGUCCGUUAUUGGUCAAGAUUCAUACCGUCCAAGAGUGGCCGGAGCCACGAAACGUUACGGAUGUCUGUUUGUUUCUUGGCCUUGCCGGCUACUACUUACAUUUUAUCAAAGGCUAUUCGAAGAUCGCGACCAACUUGACCAAGCUUAAAUGCAAGGAUCAACCGUUCGACUUCGGUGACGAUGCGCGAGGUUUAUUUUUGGCCCUCAAAGCCGCUUUGCUAUCCGUGGAGGUCUUGCGCAUCUACGACCCGCUAUUGCCAAUGCGCGUUACUACCGAUGCAUUCGACUAUGGCAUUGGUGGCGUCCUUGAGCAACAUGAUGGCGUGGAUUGGCACCCGAUCAAAUAUUUCAGCAAGAAAGUGCCAGCUGUGCACUCAAUCGACGAUGCACGAAAGAAGGAACUACUAGCCUUCGUCCACGCGCUCAAGCGGUGGCGACAUUUUCUUCUAGGUCAAAGUCAAUUCCGAUGGGUAAUGGAUAACAAUUUGUUGGUCUUCUACAAGACCCAAGGUAUGGUCAACAACACCGUCGCUCGUUGGAUGGCUUUCAUCGACCAGAUGGACUUCUUUCCCGACCUCAUUCCGGGAAAGUCAAACCGUUUUGCGGAUGCUCUUUUACGACGUCCGGAUCAUUGCACCGCAGUCUACUCGACUUUCGAGAUUGAUGAUGACUUGCGGGACAACUUCAUUUGCGGCUACCAAGCCGACCCUGAGUUUCGCGACAAGUAUGCAAAUUGUUCCUCUCCUAAUCCGGCGUCAUCGCACCAUCGAAUCCAAGAGGGAUAUUUGCUUAUCCACUCUCCGGGGAACGAUCUUCUUUGCGUGCCAAGUGAUUCCCACUUGCGUACGAGGUUUCUUGGCGAGUUCCACAACGCUCCUGCCAUCGGACAUUUUGGAGUCAAUCGAACGAUUGGCCGACUUUGUGAGCGCUUUUGGUGGCCCGACCUUCUCGGCGAUGUUAUACGCUAUUGUGAGUCAUGCGAGGUUUGCCGACGUUGCAAAUCCCGCAAUCAUAGUCCGUAUGGCGAGUUGCGACCAUUACAGAUCCCCUUGCGUCGAAGGGAAGCGAUUGCCAUGGAUAUCACCGAGCCGUUCCCCAAGCACAAGACCGGUGUGGAUGGGAUUCUCACGGUGAUCGACUGGCUCACCAAGUUUGCCAUGUUUUUGCCUUGCAGCUAUCACGCCAAGGCACCAGAAUUAGCCGAGGUUCUUUACGCUGGUUGGAUUCAAACCAAGGGUUACCCCAAGGAGAUCGUUUGCGACCGCGACAGUCGGUUCAUGUCCGAUUUUUGGUUGGCGCUCAUCAAAUGAUGGGGCUCAUCUCUUAGGCCACGUUCGGCUCGCCACCCCCAAACCGAUGGCCAAACGGAAAGGGCGCAUUAGACCGC